AUGUCGGUGAACGAAGAUACUGAGACUUUCAAGCCAGACUGGCGCCUCUGGUGUAUUUUCGGGGUCAUCGGGCUGCUCAACUUUGCGGCAGCCCUCGAUGCCACUUCGUUGUCGGUUGCGUUACCGACAAUUGCAGAAGCCCUUAAUGGAACGGCUAUCGAAGCCUUCUGGGCUGGCACCUCCUUCCUCGUCGCCUCCACCGUAUUCCAACCGACGUUCAGCAUGGUCUCCGACCUAUUCGGGAGAAAAUGGACUCUCUUCGGCGCCGUUGUUGCUUUUACUGUCGGAUCCGUUGUUGCAGCGGUGUGCAAGAGUAUGUCCGAAAUGCUAGUGGGCCGCUGUAUCCAGGGCGUCGGCGGCGGCGGUAUCAUUGCCCUGACAGAGGUCCUCAUUGCGGACCUUAUUCCACUUCGACAACGCGGGAAGUGGAUGAGUAUUCGAGCACUUACCUGGUCUCUUGGUACGGUGGUCGGCCCUAUUAUUGGGGGUGCUUUGGCGGAGAGCGCCUGGCGCUGGAUCUUCUGGCUCAAUCUGCCCUUUUGCGGCCUCGGGCUUGUUUUCAUUCCCAUUUUCAUGAACCUCCGCCAGGAGUUCCCACCGUUGAAGGAUAGACUCAAGACGGUUGAUAUUGGUGGAGCUAUAAUCUUUACGGGGUCACUGACGUCGUUCCUUGUUCCUCUUAGCUGGGGAGGUAUUAUGUACUUGUGGAGCUCAUGGCGGACUCUUGUCCCUUUGAUAGUGGGCGUCGCCGGGCUUGCAGUGUUUGUUGUUUACGAGCUUACAGUCCCAUCGCGGCCUCUGAUCCCUAUGAAAAUAUUCCAGCACGGUACCGUGGUCUUGAACUACCUGGCCUCUCUGCUCCACGGUGUCAUCCUCUGGUGCAUGCUAUACUACCUCCCCCUCUACUACGAAAGCGCCCUCGGAUACAAAGCCGUCAUCGCCGGCGCAGCAAUCCUCCCCUUGACAUUAACCAUCGCGCCCCUAUCAGCAGUAACCAGCAUCCUGAUUUCUGUCACCGGAAAGUACCGAUGGGCAUUAUGGUCCGGCUGGUCCAUGUCCACAUUAGGCCUCGGCCUCCUCUACCUCCUCGACUCCCAAACGACCGUCCCCCAAUGGAUCUUCAUCACCGUCGUCCCGGGACUCGGCCUCGGCGUCUUGUUCUCCUCGAUGAUGCUGGCAGUGCAGGCAUCCGCCGAUCCCCAAUUCAUCUCCAUCACCGCCGCGAUGGCUGCCUUCUUCCGGACCCUCGGCCAGACGGUCGGCGUCGCAAUCGGGGGCGUCGUCUUCCAGAACCGCAUCCAUAAGGAAUUCCUGGACAGGCCACUCCUCGCGGACAAGGCGGACUCGUGGACGCAGGAUGCUGCUGGCUUGGUGCAGUUUAUUCAGAGUCUCCCGCGUAAUGCCCUCCGCGGGGAACUGGAGAGUGCGUAUGCGGAUGCGCUGGGGAUUGUCUGGCUUGUGCUUUGUGGUGCAGCGGGGCUGGGGCUGGUUUCUUGUUUUUUUGUUAAGGGGUCUUCGAUGGAUCAGGAGUUUAGGCCUGCUCAGGGUAUUAAGGAUGAGAAGGAGAAGACGGAGACGAGUGGGACUACAUUGAGCGUGUAA